AGUGCAUCUACCCUGCUUCGUUCAUCUUUGUUUGACCCUGAGGAUGUUGUGCGCCAUACAGCUUUUGAUGUUUACUCAAGACACCCAAUGAGGAAAAAACUGACAAAAGAGCAGGAAAAUAUGAUUUUAGAAAAAAAGUAUACGUAUCCCAUCGUAAGUCGUAUUCGAAAGCGGUCUGCCGACAAGUUGUUAGAGGAAAAUGAUUUUGACGUGAACCUUUCUCAAUAUAACUGGGGGAAAAAUCAGGGGUCAGGAAAUAUUGGAUCAUCCUCAGGACUAGAUUCUGAUCAAAGCGUUAAAUUCCACAUGACUCAAGUUGAGAGUGUUGUAACUUUGAAAGCUGACAAGCAAAGUCAUUCAAAAGCAAAUGCUGGUUUUGUCCACAAAAGAUUUGAUAAUCAUAGAACAAAGAUAUGUGACAAGAAAAGCUUCCAUUACGACCUGAAUGUUCUCAAUGAUUAUGGGUUUAAUGAUGCUCAAGAUGUAAUGACAGAAUAUGACAAAAUACAGCAGCAAAUUACGGGCCCUAUAAGAGAUGCCAUUAAAGGAAUCAACAGACUGAUAUUUGGGACAACAUCCGAGAACAAACUGCUGAAAUCAAUUGAUAGUUUAUCCAGAGCUUUGGCAAAUUGCUAUCACUCUAUUCUUCUUGUUGAUAACAAUUUUACAAAAGAACUAUAUGAUAUUGCACAGUUUAAUGUUAUAUCUGAUAUCAAACCAGCUGUCAAAUUACUUCAAGAAGUUGGAUCAUUUAUAAAGGAUAUAAAGGAUGACUUAAAUCAAUUUUACUUCGUAAGUUAUCUUCCUAGAAAACAAAUACAAUAG